AUGUCAGACAAGCUCAUCGACACUGAGGUUGGCGGCGAGCAAACCCAAUACGAAGGCGUCCACACAUAUGCCGAACCACAUGACAAGAAGUACGGCCAAUUGAGCAACUCUUCAGAAGGCACAUCAGUCCACGCAAAGACAGCAGACCCUGGCGCCCCAAACACACAUGGCAUCACGCCUGCAGACAAGAUCCGCUACGGCCAAAGCAUCCAAGAGGGCGGCAUGGGCGGCAAGACCACGACGUCAAGUGGUAAUGCAAAGGCAGAUACGGGCUUUGGAGGAACAGAGGCACUGGCUGAUGAUGACGAGGGCGCAGCGAAGCAGAGGCGGGAGCAGGGAUAUGGGGGAGCAAAAGAUAUGGAUCGGACUGUUGGCGCGUAG